AUGGCCGAAUCCGCUCCCAAGAGACUCAAGACGGACGUCCUCGUCGGCACGCACAACGGCCACUUCCACGCCGACGAGGCCCUCGCCGUGCACAUGCUGCGCAUGCUCCCCUCGUACCGCGACAGCGCCCUCGUGCGCACGCGCGACCCCAAGACGCUCGAGACGUGCCACACCGUCGUCGACGUCGGUGGUGAAUAUGACGCUGAGCGGAAUCGCUACGACCACCACCAGCGCGGGUUCGACACCACUUUCCCGGGCAAGAACACCAAGCUGUCGUCCGCGGGGCUCGUCUACAUGCACUUUGGACGACAGUUGAUCGCUCAGAAGCUUAAGACCGAGGACGAGGCUGCUCCGGACGUUGAUUUGCUGUACAACAAGAUUUACGAAAACUUCAUCGAGGCCGUCGAUGCUCACGACAACGGCAUCUCGCGCUACGACAGAGACGCCCUCGCCGCAGCGGGCAUCGAGCAGCGCUUCUCCUCCGGCGGCUUCACCCUCGGCGCAAUGGUCGGCCGCCUCAACCCCGCCUGGAACGACCCCAAGCCCUCCGACCCCCAAGCCGCCCAACAAGCCGAGGACGACCUCUUCCUCAAGGCCAGCGCCCGCAUCGGCGACGAGUUCGAGCGCACCCUCGACUUCAUGACAAACGCCUGGCUGCCCGCCCGCUCCAUCGUCCAGGCCGCCUUCGACCAGCGCACCAAGCACGACCCCCAGGGCCGCAUCCUCGUCCUCGAGGGCCAGAGCGUCCCCUGGAAGGAGCACCUCUACAGCCUCGAGGGCGAGGGCAACCCCUCGGUCCUCUACGUCCUCUACGCGGAGAGCACCCAGCCCGGCGCAAAGUGGCGCAUCCAGUGUGUUCCUGAGACCCAGGACAGCUUCACCAGCAGGAAGCCCCUGCCCGAGGCCUGGCGAGGUUUCCGCGACGCUGAGCUCGACGGCGUGGCGGGCGUUGACGGCUGUGUGUUUGUUCAUGCUGCGGGCUUCAUUGGCGGUAACAAGACGUUUGAGGGUGCCAUGGAGAUGGCUACCAAGGCGUUGGCGCUGUAA